UGAUGAUAUAUGUAAAAAUAAGUAGCUCUGCGUCAAAGAAGAUUUAGAGAAACUUGAGCCUCUUCUGCAGAGAACUGUGACUCAACAGACUAUUGGGAGCGGCCCAAGGCAUAAGUGAAAGAAGCUCUAGAGUAACUCUAAUUUGAUAUAUGAAACCGUUCCAAAUUCGUCGAUAAAACCAUGAAAACGCCACAAGAACGACUGACCGUCAUCUUCGACUUCGCCAAUGACUUCCCCAUUGAUCCCCAAGUUCCGAUUCGAAGAUAUUUUCGCUCAGGGUCGGAAAUGCUCAAAAUGGGCGAUACCUACUACAAUGAGGGCAAUAACGAACACGCAUACAUCAUGUACUUGAAGUACUUGACGCUAUUUCUAUCAAAGAUCAGGGAGCAUCCCGAAUUCAAGCGAGCCGACAACAAGAGCAAGCUAAAAGCCAAAGAGCCCACUCAAAAGAUCAUGGCGCGAUGCGAGAAAAUUAAGGCCCUAUUACUUCGCGAGUUUGCUCAGGAAUACGAGACUUGGCUGAAAGAAGAAGAAAAACGACAGAGUCUGAAGCGACUCCAACAAUUAGAACAAAUGAGGUUGGACGAGGAGAAUGACAAGAAGUCCAAGGAGGAGCUCGCUCAGAGUUACCAUCAAGAGAAAGAAAGGUCCAAAACAGAACAGAAGGACCGAGAGAUGGCCCUGUAUAUGCAGCUCCAGAUGGAGAAUGAGCACGAGAUUGAGCAGACCCAGGAAGCGUUGCGAAGGAGUCAAUUGAGUACGGAAGAUGUGGUCCCAAUGACGCCAGAUCGAUCUUCCAAGCCUUUGUCCAAUGACCGGAUGGGAAUUCCAGAUAAUGGGUCGCAAUCUACGCCAGUGAUCCCAAAUCGAGCCAGUAAGCCCAAGCUGUCCAAGGGACUGGGCUCGUUACGGAACUUGAGCAUUCCCACUGCGGUCAUGGCCAAGUUCUUGUCCUUUGCUCAGAAGAACACGUCGCAGGGCAAGGAAACGGGCGCUUUCUUGGCCGGAAUCAUGGCCAAUAACGAAUUAAGAAUCACCCACGUGAUUUGUCCGGCUCAAACAGGCAAAGCCGAUUCUUUUGACACAGAAGGGGAGGAGGACAUGUGGGAUUAUUUGGACAAACACGACCUUCUCACUCUGGGUUGGAUACACACGCAUCCAACACAGACGGCCUUUCUCAGUUCGGUGGACUUGCACAUGCAUUUUGGGUACCAAGCUCUCUUGAACGAAGCCAUAGCUAUCGUUUGUGCCCCUAAGUUCAACGAGACUGGUUUCUUCACUCUCACGGCCACAGGGAUGGAGCUCAUAUCCUGCUGCAGACAAACUGGCUUUCACCCUCAUCCCACGGAGCCUCCACUCUUUGAAGAAGGAUCUCAUUUCGCUCUUGACCAUAAUGUAGAUGUAGAACUAGUCGAUUUAAGUAAAUAACUCCCUCCAAAUUUACGGCUGUUGAAUGUGAUACAAUACAACUGUUCAAUAAAAUAACUACGCAUAAA